UCCGCGCGUGGCCUCGGCCCCGGCGCUCACCGGCGAUGGCGGCUCCGUGAUGGCGGCGGGGCCGGCCCGGGGGCGACCGGGAGCCCCAUGCGGGGGCCGCCGCCAUGGGGCAGGUCCUGGGCUUCGCCCACUGCAAGGAGGCUCCGUCCACGGCCUCCACCACACCGGACUCCACCGAGGGCGGCCCCGAGGACCCCCCCCCCCUUAUCCCGGAGCUGCCGGAGGAGCCCCCCGAGGAGGAGGAGGAGGAGGAGGAGGAAGAUGAGGAUGAUGAGGAUGAUGAGGAAGGGCCCCCCCGGGACCGCCCCUCCCCCCACGAGCUCACCUUCUCCUACAUCGCCUUCGGGGGGGGCGGGGGGGAGGGGCGACCCCCCACCCCCCCCCUCGGAGGGGGUCGCGCCCCUCCCCCACGCCUGAGCCCCGCUGGGGGAGGGGCGUUCGGGGGCCGGACCCCUCCCCCCUCCAAAAGGCCCCCGGGGACCCCCCCCCCAAAAAAAAGGAGCGGGGGGAGCCCGAACCCGCCCCUCCCCCACCCCCAAAAUGGGGGCGGUCCGAGGAGGGGUCGGGGGGGGAGGGGCGAGGAGGAGGAGGAGGAGGAGGAAAGAGGAGGAAGAGACCCCAGGGAGGAAGGGUGA